GGCCAGGAUUACCCUCUCAUCCAGGCCACCGCAAAUGACAUCACGACCAGCCGGAGCUUAAAAUCUCCCCAUGUGAGGGGGCCUGUUUCCUUCAGCCUUUGCUGUCUGAGCGCUCCCGCCCAGGCCCCGGGCCGGGCCACCGGGAGUCCCUGUCCCGUUGCUGAAGGCCCGCGGACCUGGGCCGCAGCGUCUGCGAGGAUCAUGAUGGCGUAUAUGAACCCCGGGCCGCACUACUCGGUCAAUGCCUUGGCCCUGAGCGGUCCCAGUGUGGACCUGAUGCACCAAGCCGUCUCCUACCCAAGCGCCCCGAGAAAGCAGCGGCGCGAGCGGACCACCUUCACCAGGAGCCAGCUGGAGGAGCUGGAGGCCCUGUUUGCCAAGACUCAAUACCCGGAUGUGUACGCCCGCGAGGAGGUGGCUCUGAAGAUCAACCUGCCGGAGUCCAGGGUCCAGGUCUGGUUCAAGAACCGCAGGGCUAAAUGCCGCCAGCAGCGCCAGCAGCAGAAGCAGCAGCCGCAGCCCCCCGGGGCGCCCACCAAGGCGCGGCCGGCCAAGAGGAAGGCAGGUCUGUCACCGAGACCCUCCUCGGAUGUCUGUCCAGACCCCCUGGGCAUCUCAGACUCCUACAGCCCCCCGCUCCCUGGCCCCUCAGGCUCCCCCACUUCCGCCGUGGCCACGAUGUCCAUCUGGAGUCCGGCCUCAGAGUCCCCUCUGCCUGAGGCCCAGCGGGCGGGGCUGGUGGCCCCUGGGCCCCCUUUGACCUCGACGCCCUACGCCAUGACCUACACCCCCGCCUCUGCUUUCUGCUCCUCCCCCUCGGCCUACGGCUCUCCGAGCACUUAUUUCAGCGGCCUGGAUCCCUACCUUUCCCCCAUGGUGCCCCAGCUGGGGGGCCCGGCUCUCAGCCCCCUCUCCGGCCCCUCCGUGGGCCCCUCCCUGGCCCAGUCCCCCACCUCCCUGUCAGGCCAGAGCUAUGGUACCUACAGCCCCGUGGACAGCCUGGAAUUCAGGGACCCCACAGGCACGUGGAAGUUCACCUACAACCCCAUGGACCCUCUGGACUACAAGGAUCAGAGCGCCUGGAAGUUUCAGAUCUUGUAGACGGGAACUCUUGUCUGCGCCUCGUCUCAGCCAGCCCCGGAGGGCGCCCCUGGGAAAGCAGAGUGGAGGUUGGGUGCAGCUCACUGCAGCCCCCCUCCUCUGGGGAGGGUCUCCUCACUUUCUGGGGGGCCGAGGGUGGGGGGAAACACUUCAGUAGGUCUUAGGAACCCUCCACCCGGCCCCAGCUCGCGUGGAUUCUAGCUGCCUUUGGAAACCGUGGUCCCAGACUCUAGAAAUUCUCUUCGUGAGAAUUUCGCCCGGAGACGAAAUUCAAGCCAACUUGCCGUUGAUUUGGGGGGUGCUGGGCAGGCCGGAAUCAAGACGCCAGGGAGGGAGGCUCAGUUCUGUACCUUCCAUUCGGGACACUUCCUUAGCAGAUGGCUAGAGAUCCUUCUAGAAAAUCCAAAGACAGACUUUAAGAGGCCCCACUACGGAAGCUUAGGGCAAUCCUAUCGUUAAAUUAAAAGCUCCAUUUGGCAGAUUUCACAAAUCUCGGGUUUCCAUGGUAGGUUUAGGGGGCUGUCUGAAUCAAUCGAUCUAUUUUUCUUCUUCUUCCUAGUUUCUUAAAGACACGGCAUCAUUUAUGCAUUCUUUCAGGCAUUGAGAACGGGCAUAUUUAGUGGGAGAAUGGAAGGCAGGUUGCCCGUUUCAUAUCUCCUUUCUCCCUUUUUGUCUUAGG